CCUCCCGGGUUGUCCUUUCAAGACGGCUCACUGGGAAACGUUGGAAGCGCGAUGAACCACAACUCGUACGGCAUGCCGAACGGAUCGCUAGGCAGCGUUGAAGUUUCCCAAGCGAGCGGGUCCGCACAUGGUGAGUCGAUUUUCUUUCCCUUUCAAGGGCGGGUCCCAGGUCAGAGUACCGAGUGCCGUGCUUUCAGUGCGGAAACAGCUAUUUCGGCCUUGAUGUGUAACAUGCCUGGUGGCCAUGGCCCGGUUCCUCUCCCCAUCUUCCGCCCUGCUCUACAUGUGUCUUUCCGGUAGGAUGCCCCAAGUAUGCCUCGACGCUGACAUGCCCUUGUCCCAUCUCUUUUUGCCGGUCACCCUGUUCUCUUCCGUGAAGUUUCCACAUCCCCCUCUGCAUCUGUUGAGCCCUCCGUUGUCCCCUCCCCCGCCUUGUCGUCUUCCGAUUUUCCCGCCUUGUCUGCGACUGCGACUGAGCCUGCGCUUCGUCGCGAACAGCCGUCUACCGAGCCCGCCCCUGAAGCCGGCGCGGACACUCUCGAUGAUGCUGCAAGAGCGAAGGCCGAGCGCAAGGCGGCGAAGAAGGCCGCCGCCACGGAACGUGCGGCCGAGCGAAAGCGGGUGGCAGCGGAGAAAGCUGCAGCACGGGCAGUGGAGAAGGAACGCAUCGCACAAGAAAAGGCCGCCGAGAGGGAACGCCAGGCUACGCUCAAGGCAGAGAAGGACAAGGCGGCUGAGGAGAAGGCGGAGAGAGAGAAAGCUGAGCGACUCGGGCGCGAGAAGGCGGAGAGGGAUAAGGCAGAGAAAGAGAAGGCAGAGAGGGAGCGGGCUGCGCAGGAGCGCCAGGAGAAGGAGAAAGCUGAAAGGGAGCGUCUCGCUCAGGCCAAGAAGGCAGCCGCAGCUGCCAACGCGAAGACGCAAGGCAGCGCUCAGCCUGGCAGGCAGGCGGAUGAUGAGUCCCCAGGCGCACCUGCGCAAGCUGACCAAGGCUCGGACAAGGCAGCUGGCCGCAAGCAAGCCCCGAAGCAGCCAGCCCCCAUCAUCGUGCCCGAGCCUGAGGUUCAAGUGCCCAUUCUCUCGAAGAUGCCCAAGAAGCACAAACCGAACGCGAAGCCUAUUAAGAUCCCUAAGGACGACUUCAACUCCGAUCCUACGUCAGCUCUUCCAUCCUCUACAAACUCCGAAGCCCCUGGUCUGCCCGAUGUUCGUGGAGCUCAGACCAGUUCCAACGUCUCGCGCGCGCAGUCGGUGGACAGGACCCCGCCGCUGCAGCGUGCCACCGUCCAGGAGCUCUUGCAAGAUCUCGACUCGGAGUUCCAGCACCUCAACAUCCACAAGCACCCCUUCUUCGACCUCUCAAAGAUCAACCCCGCCGCGAAGAUGCCGCUCGAGUACGGGCCGCUGGUGCACGCGCUCUCCGCGCUCUCUGUCGGGGGCGGCUCGUUCGCGAACAACAUGCCGUCGGGCGCGAUCGACAACGCGGUGUCGAGCUUCCAGCAGCUGCUCGAGACGCUGACGCAGACGAUCUCGGACCUGCUGCGGCUGCUGCCGCGCAAGACGUGGGACGACAACUCAUCGUUCGACGGCGUGCUCCGCGAGAUGCUCAAGGGCGACGACUUCCUCGACGACGGCGGCGAGGACGGGCACGGGCAUGUGCGCGAGGACGAGGUCGCGGCGCUCACCCUGGCGCUCGAGCGCCGCGCGCGCUGGAUGGAGGUGCAGCUGAGCAAGCUGGAGGAGCUCCACCGGGAUAUCAACACGGCCGCGGUGCGCGCGGUGCUCUCGUUCAACGACAACGGCUGGGACGCGCGCGGGCGCCUGCCGAAGGUCGGGAACACGCUCCUGCGGUUCGACACGCUGGGGGUGGCGAAUGAGCGCGGCAUGCUGCGGAUGAUGUCGGCGGA